AUGGUCUUGGGGGAGGCCUACCUGAAGGGCAUCCUGCGGCCGCCGCUGGCAGACGUGAAGGCGCUGCCGCCCAACCCGCCGCACCCUUUCCAGACUGAUUUACUGUUCUACCUCAGGCAGCGGUUCUUCAAGCACCACACGCCCUUGGUGUUUGGGUUCGCCGUGGCCAUCUAUGCGUUCACCCAGGUGGACAGCAUGAUGGCGGCAGGCAAGAAGAAGGCGUACGACGAGGCCAUUGCCGAGGGCCGCUCACCUUUCGGCCACCACUAA